AUGAUCUCCCACAAACUCUGCUGCUACGUCUCCAUCCUCGUAGUCCCCUUCCUUGCACAGCUCGCCUCCGGCGACGUGCUGUGGCAAGAAUGCGAUAACAGCCGGAACUACACGGCGAACAGCGCCUUCCAAUCAAACCUAAAGCAGCUCUCCUCCACCCUCCCAACCGAAUCCUCCUCAUCUCCCACCCUCUUCGCUACCGCCGCCGUAGGUGCCAUCCCGGACACCGUGUACGCGCUCUCGCUCUGCCGUGGCGACACCACCAACGCCUCCGCCUGCGGCGACUGCGUCGCCAAUGCCUUGCGGGACGCGCAGCAGGUGUGCUCGUACAACAUGGACGUGACCAUCUACUACGACACCUGCUACCUCCGCUUCUCCAACCAGAACUUCGUGACUUCCAUCGACAACACCAAACGGCACAUCAUGCCCAAUGGGGAGAACGUGACGUCGCCGGCCGCAACGUUCGACGCCGCCGUGGGUGUCCUCCUUGCCGCUGUCGCGGACUACGCAGCGCUGAACUCAUCCAAGCGGUUUGGCACAGGGGUAGAGGACUUCGACGUGAGCACCCCGAGAGUCUAUGCGCUGGCGCAGUGCACGCCGGACAUGGCACCGGCCGAUUGCCGGAGCUGCCUGGAGGGAAUAGUAAGGGUGAUGCCGAAGCACUUCAGCAGGCGGCAGGGAGGUAGGAUCCUGGGUUUACGGUGCAACUACAGGUUUGAGCUAUAUCCUCCGUUCUCCGGCAAUCCGCUUCUACACCUCCCAGCACCGUCCUCGGGCGUGAAACCAUCGGUAGAUGGAGAUGGAGGAGGGAGCAAAAAUAAACCUAGUACCAAUCUACUGGUCCUAGCAGUUGCAUUGGCCGUUAUUUCUGCAGCAUUGACUUUCACUUUAGUUUGCUUUUGUAUCUGGAGGAGCGGAAGACAACUAGAAUUCCCAUCACAACCAUAUUCUGGAAACUGGGAAAGCGUUCCAAACAUCAGUUUAUCCAUGCUUAAUCUGUCAACACUGGAAGUUGCAACUGAGAACUUUUCAGAAGGAAAUAAGCUUGGGGAAGGAGGGUUUGGUGCCGUUUACAAGGGAUCCCUUGCUGAUGGCCAAGAGAUAGCAGUGAAGAGACUGUCACAAGGUUCAGCACAAGGAAUAGCAGAGCUAAAAACUGAGCUGGUUUUGGUUGCUAACCUUCAGCACAAAAACCUUGUGAGGCUUAUCGGUGUUUGUUUGGAAGAACACGAGAAGCUCGUUAUCUAUGAAUACAUGCCCAACAGAAGCCUUGACACGAUUCUCUUUGAUCCUGAGAGGAGCAAGCAUCUUGAUUGGGGGAAGAGGUUCAACAUAAUAAAUGGAAUUGCCCGAGGUUUGCAAUAUGUUCAUGAAGAUUCUCAGUUGAAAAUAAUCCACAGAGACCUCAAAGCAAGCAAUGUUCUGUUAGACUCCGAUUUGAAUGCGAAGAUUUCAGACUUCGGUUUGGCGAGGUUGUUUGAAGGGGAUCAAUCAAAGGAUGUCACAAACAGAGUUGUUGGGACGUUCGGAUACAUGGCACCUGAAUAUGUUGUUCGCGGGCACUAUUCAACCAAAUCAGACGUGUUUAGCUUCGGAAUUCUGGUUUUAGAGAUUAUAACUGGAAGAAGAAACUGUGGAUCUUACAACUCCGAGCAAUCCGUUGACCUCUUAAGCAUUAUAUGGGAGCAUUGGACCAAGGGAACGAUAUUGGAGAUAGCUGAUCCGUCCCUUGCAAGCAGAAGCAGUGCUCCUGAAGAGGAGAUACUCACCUACGUUCACAUCGGAUUGAUGUGCGUUCAGGAGAGCCCUGCGGAUAGGCCUACGAUGUCACGGGCGAAUGCGAUCCUUAACAGCGACACCGUCUCGCUUCAGGCACCGUCCAAGCCGGCUUUCUGCAUCCGGGCAAGUAGUGCCGGGCCGGAACCACGACACGGCGCCUCGCAAGGCCGUGGCAGGCCGGCCGUGGUUUCACCCAACGAGGUUUCGCUCACGGAGCUUGUACCGAGAUAA